AUGGACUUUCUUCGACGAGGACGGUUCUCAAAUGGGCCGGAUAUUGAGCAGCAGGCGUUGGCUGGACCAUCCGCGCAACCGGAAAUGCGGGAAGAUUCUCGAUCUCGACCAAGGCGUCUGCCUGGAACACGGCCUGCCUCGUCUACGAGAAGACAUCCUGGCGGCAGGAUGCAGCGACUCGAUGAUGGCGAGGCCGACAGCCCAAAAACCCCACAGUUUAACUUGGGUUUGCCGACACUACCAGGCACCCGGUUGAAUCUUCCACAUCUGACAAGGACUUGGACGAGUGGUUCCACCGGCUCAGACUCGCGUCCUAACCCAGAACAACCAGCUCCCAGCCGAUCAGUGACCGAACCGCUUCCCGAACCGUACCUGAUGAGAGCAGGUGGAUCGCAGGAUGCUUCAGUCGCUAUCCCCCCACCCAUAGCUCAGCGUGCCCGAUCAGAAUCGCACAGACGGACAAGGAGAUUCACAGGGCCGGAUCCAGCAGAGAUGCAUUUGGCACAAAUGGCCCAAGAAGGACGCAGACGAAGACGACAAGGGCAGCGCAAUCAUCAAGAUGAUGGUGAUGAGGGGCACCCGAAAAGGUUCCUACUUUGUCUCCCCUGGGUAAAAUCGCGACGCAUGCGAUCGCAAAUUUUUAGAUGCUUAAUCUCAGGAAGUUUCUUAGCACUGUUGUUGGCUGUUUACCUCGCACUUUCUCUCACGCAAAACAUUCGAAGCAGCGAAUUUACGGUGCUUCUGAUACUUAUCAUUUUGUUCACCACAAUAUUUUUCUGCCAUGGCUUGAUUCGGCUUUGUAUGCUCAUCAUCCGACCACGCCCCGACGAGGAAGCCAGACCAUCGAUGCCCCAACUUAUAGCCCCUGGCGGUUAUGCGGUGCCUCGGGAGCCUAUCAGAGUCGUGCUGGCGCGCGAUGAAGAAGAUCAAAGCGAAGUGAAUGAAGCAAUCAAGGCUCAACCACCGGCCUAUGGCCUCUGGAGAGAAAGUGUGCGGGUCGACCCUAACAGAAUAUACUGGCAGCGGAAUCCAAACGCAGUAUCGAAUGAGGGACCUUCAAGGUCCAGAGAGGCCAGUAGUGGGCCACGGCCGCCGUCAUACGCAUCUGAAGACGGAGUAAGUUACGUCGUUGACGCUCGACCCCGGUCAGUUGCGCCUGUGGUGACGGAAGUCCCACUCCCGCCGCAUCCUUCCGAAGUCGGGAGAAUGAAUGAUCGGCGAGCUCCGUGGUGA